UGAUUUCGGCAUGUACACAGAAAAUUGAAAAACAUUUGACGUUUUUCUUAGCGAAUUACACUAUUUAGCAUGGAAGAAAUUAAAUCGCAUGGGAUAUUUUCAUUCAAAGAUGAGAAGACACAACCCGAUCCGGUGUUUGAAUACCCCAGUAACAUUGCUAACAGCGGCAUACCUCUUGUGAUAGACAAUGGUGUAUAUAAAUGCAGAGCUGGAUGGGCAAGUCUAGAGCAACCACAACUUGUUUUUAAGAAUAUUACAGCAAAGCAAAAAGGGAAAAAGGAAUUGGAUGUUCAAGUUGGAAAUGAGAUAAAUAAUGUUGAGGUGGUCAAGUGGAUACUGAGGACACAAUUUGACAGAAACCUUGUCACAUUGUAUGAUGUGCAGGAACAAAUAUAUGAUUACAUAUUUGCACACCUUGGGAUUAAUACGGAGGGUUGUGUGAACCACCCGAUAGUGAUGACAGAGGCACUGUGUAACCCGGGCUACUGUCGCCAACAAAUGUCGGAACUGCUAUUUGAAUGUUAUCAUGUUCCCUCCGUGGUCUAUGGUGUGGAUGCUCUGUUCAGCCUCUACAACAACCAGAAAAUUACAGAUCUGACACAUUCGCUGAUUGUUGACUGUGGCUAUCAGAACACCUCUCUCAUUCCUGUGGUGAAUGGGAGGGUGAGCUCGGCCAAUUGUCGGAGAAUCAAUAUGGGUGGGGCACAGUUAGAUGCAUUCAUGCAGAGACUGCUGCAGUUGAAGUAUCCAGGUCACAUGGCGGCUAUCACCUUGAGCAGGGCAGAGGAACUGGUCAGAGACCACUGUUACAUGGCCGAGGACUACAUCAGUGAGCUGGAGGCGUGGACAGACAAUGAUUAUUACGAGAACAAUGUCACUAAGAUACAGCUGCCCUACAAUGCUGCUGUCACUGGAAGUCAGCUGACAGCAGAGCAGUUGAAAGAGAGGCGAGAGCAGCAGAUUCGUCGCCUGAAAGAGUCCAACGCAAAGCGGAGAUUAGAAAAGCUUCAAAUGGAGGAAGAGAAAUUAAGGGAGCUCAUCAGUGUUCAGGAGCUGUUGGACGAUGAGGAUGAAGAAGCAUUCAAUAGAGCCCUAUCAUCACUCCGAUAUGACACAGCGGAAAGUUUGCAAGUCGAAAUCACAAAGCUUACAAUGUCCAUACAAAGAAUGAAAGCCAAAAUCAAAGGAAUUGAUCUUCCUGUCGAUGAAGAGGCAAAGAAACCAGCCGUGUAUGAUCUUAUUGACAUCCCUGAUGAUCAACUGACUCCAGAUCAAAUGUCAAUUAAAAAACGACAAAGGAUGUUGAAGAAUGCAAGGGAGGGUCGACUUAGGGCACAGGCAGUGCAGAGAGAGAGGCAGCAAAAAGAAAUGGAAGAAGAGAAGAAAUUAGAGCAGAGAAGAAUAAAAGAUUUCAAUGGCUGGCUACAAUUGAUUAGAGACAAAAGAAAAAAACUGCUAGAUAUCCGCAAUGCUAAGAAACAAAGGAAAGCAGAUCUAGCCAAGAGAAGAACAUAUGCAUCGCAACAACGGAUGAAAAAGAUUACCCAGCUUGUUUCUGGAGGAUCAAAAAAGAAAAAAGAGGACACGUUUGGUCAGAAUGAUGCCGACUGGGAAGUGUACAAAGAAAUACACCCAGAGAAUGCCGACAGUGAUUCAGAGGCAGAGGAAGACAAGCUGGAGGAACUGGAGACUAUGCUGAAGGAACACGACCCUGAGUUCCAAAAGGAAAUGGACCAAACAAUGGGACAGACAGGAGAGUUUGACAUUGCUGAGUACUACAGACUUCACCUAGCAGUAGAGAAAAUCAGAGUUCCAGAACUGUUGUUUCAACCCUCCAUGAUAGGAAUUGAGCAAGCAGGUAUUGCUGAGACCAUGGACUUCGUUUUAAAGAAAUUUGAUGCUGAGACACAAAACAAACUUGCUCAGAAUGUGUUCAUCACUGGCGGAAAUGCCAUGUUCAGUCAUUUUAAACAGAGACUUGAGCAUGAACUUCUGGCAAUGAGGCCUUUCCAAUCACCAUUUAAUGUCUCAAUUGCAAAGAACCCAAUUCUUGAUGCCUGGUAUGGAGCCAGAAAGUUUUCUUUAUCUCCCUUGUUGACAAGCAGCAGUAUCACAAGAGCAGAGUAUGAAGAGAAAGGUGGAGAAUACCUAAAGGAACACUGCGCUUCAAACCGAUAUUUCCCCACCCCUGCAUCAAACAAAUAAAUCUGACUAAUAAAUCCAUUGUACCAUU